AUGACGAAACCCCAAAAAUGUUCCUCUAGAUGGUCUGCUAUGUUAGGUUGCAGAAGUGAGGUGAAGGAAGGGUGUUGUUGGGAAGUUGGUAAUGGAGAGAAGAUGCAUAUCAAGACUGAUCCUUGGAUUCCGAAACUUCAUCACAGGAGGCCUAUCCCCAAUUUGCAUUCAACAGAGCAGCCUGUUUUAGUUAGUGAACUUAUCCUACAGAACCCUCCAAGGUGGGAUAUAAACAAACUCCAGCUAUGCUUCCAGUCGCAUGAAGUCGAGACUAUAUUGGAUAUCCACUUACCUAACAUCAGUGAAGAAGGGACUGAGGAUAAAUUACUUUGGCUUCACCAUCCUAAUGGGGUCUUUACAGAAAAAUCCUUCAUCAAAACUUUAAAUGACAUAACUCCUUCUUCUUCUCAUUAUGAGUGCAGGAUGUGUAAUGGUGUUGUUGAAACUUUGAAACACUUGUUCCUAUACUGCCCUGUAUCUCAAGCUGUUCUUUUUGCUUCUCACCUGAUUCUCAGAAUUGAUGCAAGCCUAAAUCUCUCAGUUCACCACUAUAUCAAGAGUUGGUUAUUAGAAGGUGGAGACUACUCAAAGUUAAAAAUGGGGAUUUGUCUGUUCUGGAGUAUAUGGAAGACCAUGAAUAACAUAGUCUUCAACAAAGGCACUGUGCAUAUUCAGAAAAUGCUUCAAGAGGCUUAUUACUGGUUCCACCGUGAUACCAAUAUUCAAGACGAUACCACUCUGCCUUCUGAACAAGACUUACUAGACUCUGCCGAGACUGUUUGCACCCCUGUAGAAGCUGAAGCUCAUGGUGCUUUGGUGGGAAUUGAGCUUGCCAUCAGCAAGGCUAUGAGGCACAUUAUCAUUGAAGGUGAUUCACUCACUGUGAUCAAUUCUCUUAGGUACAAUAAUUUCCCAGUCCCUUGGCGUAUUAAGAAUACUAUUGGAAAAAUCAAAGACAAGCUAGGGAAAUUUACGUUUGUUGAUUUUAACUUUAUCAAAAAGGAAGCCAAUUUCAUGGCUCAUUCCUUAGCAGCUUAUGCUGUUUAG